ACUGAACGGAUUUCUAUCACACUUGGCAUAGCUGCUUUUUGCUUUUCAGAGAUAGUUGUAAGGGUAUUUUUAUGGGGGAGAGAGCGCAGCAACUACCCUUAACAGGGGUCAUGAAAAAAAUUAUUUAAUUUGACGAGAAUCAAUACUUUUUGGAGACCAUAGAUACAUUUUGUGCAACUUAGGGUAUUCGUGUGGGGUGGAUGUAGUACGUCCCUCUAAAAAGGGGAUGUUAUAUUUGUAACGGCGCAACUCCGAACCUACUGAAAGGAUUGCUAUCAUAUUUGGCACAGAUACUUCUUGCACACAGUGUCCUUAACAUGGGAGGAGAGAGUCAAUGACGAAAUUUGAAUAGAAUCGACAUUUAGACUAGAAGGAGGGGUUUUUGAAAAUAAAUUUUAAUCUCCCAUUUUUUUAUAAAACAAGAGAGUGGCAAAAAUUUCAAGGUCGUAUUUUUCUUUGAAUAAUUUCAAAGGAUCUGGUUCCAUUUUGCCGGGGAAUUCAAAGAGCUAAGAGAAAAUAAUCUUUAUCUGUCUAUGAACGCGAGUGUAUUUAGGUUUUAGCAUAACUACGAAACGACUAAACGAAUCGCCAUCAAGUUUGGCACAUGUACCAAAGGUGGGAAUCGAUAUUUUUUGAAAAGCACAGAUACACUACUCAAAGUAAUCAUAGAGGAGAUCUGUAGUAAGUUCACUGGCAAAAAGGAAGUCAAAUCAAAAUAGAUUAUAAGGUUAUUUUGAGGGUGAGAGAGAGUAGCAAGUGCCCCGAACAUGGAAAGUGUAAGGGAAAAUUGAUCGGGUUUUACGAAAAAUUGUUACUUCUUUACGAGUACAGUAUAUUUCUAGCAACUGAGAGAGGUUCACAAAAAUAUUAACAAGAGGAAGGGGAAAUAAGUAUUCUCAACAUUGAUCUGAAUUGACAAAAUCAUACAACCAAUGUGCAUUUUAUUAUGUAAAUUGGAAAAAACUGUCGACUCAAGGUGAUGGAAAUAGGAUUACAACAACAUUUGUAUUAAUUGAAUCAUUAUUCUAUAGGUUUUCCUCUACGAUGAACGAUCAAAACGGUUGAAACCUUGGUAAAAUAAAUUAUAUAAAAACGUCAUUCUAUAGUACGAAUGUAGUUAUGAUGUUAAACAACCUUUAGUUAUAAAAUAAUCAUUAUCAGAUGGAAAAUUUUCAACAAUUCAUGAUGUCAUAAAAUUUUUAUAAAGAAGAGGGAGUAGCAAGUGAUUAUAUCCAUGGAAACCAUCGGUAUUGUAGAUCGAAUGUGACGAGGAAGUACGGAAGUGCGUUACAAGCACAUAUGAAACUAAGGGAGGUUACUAAGAAGGUAUUUAUAGAGAGAAAGGUGUUUUAAAGGUUCCUAACAAAAAGGUUCAAAUAUAAAUCUAAUUCAAUUUGUCGAGAAUACCAUGGAAAUUAUGAGUAUUGUGAGAUCUGAGAUGGGACACUGAUCAUUCGCAGUCUGAACAUGAACAAAGUAUUGCUCGAUCGGGUUUCCGUCUAAGUUAUGUUUCACUACAGGAGUAUUUCACUAAGCAGGACAACUUCGAGAAUUUUUUCGGCCUUCCCUUCACGAAACAUUUCCGAGCAACGCCGGGUAAUUCAGCUAGUUAUAUCAUAUGUCUUUCUAUACAAAAUGUAUGGAGUCCAGCCAGAUACCAUUAGUCAGACCGAGGGUAAUGUUUCAAACCAUCCGUUUUUCGUCCUUUUCGAGGACGCUGUCUAUAUUACAAAUUGCAUAGAUUGAUAGCCAAUCAAAUUUUAGGAAUCUACCUGAAACCUCAAGUCGAUAGAUAAAUUAUAAAUAUGUAAAAUAAAUGGUAAAAAACGAAAACGGUCUGGCUGGACCCAUCAGUCAGACGGAGGGUUAAAUGGCAAAGCGUCAUUUAGAGCAGGGGUUCCCAAAGUGGUCGAUAUAGACCCCUUGGGGUCGAUAUCCUUUUUGCGGGGGUCGACGUAAACGAAAACUUACUACGGGGGUCGACGAGGUCUAGAAAUCGUAAAGGGGUUCAUGACCCAAAAUAGUUUGGAAACCCCUGGUUUAGAGCGACGAUGCAAUAAUUUCCUGGUUCCGAAAGUACCGGAAAUAGUGGUCAAACACUCUAAAAUGAAACUCACUCAAUUUUCUAAGAGAUGAUAUGAUCGAUUUCACAAGCUUAGACUCAAAUGAAAGGUCCUAUAGUUUCAUAGACUGCUGUUGAAUUUCAUCCGGGUCCGACUUCCUAUUCCAGAACUAUAGAGUAAAGUGUGUUUAAAAUUUCAAACCAUUAGUCAGUACGACAAUGCAAAAUAAAGAAAAAUACUCAUAAACUUCACAUAACUGUUAACAAAUUGAAAUGGUUAUAUUAGUUUAAGUCAAAGAAAGUUUCAAAUUUUGUUUUUGAAUUUGAAAAAAGAAAUUUUGGACAGGAUCUUCUAGUGAUAUUUUUAAAAAUAUAAGUAAUAUGAGAAAGGGAUCAUUACACCACUGGAUGGAUUAUAACAGGUUUUUAUUGUCAAGAUCCUAAAAAUGACAAAGUUCGUUCAUGCGAAGUUCUAAAGUUAUGCAGAUUUCUGAAGUUCUGCAUUUCUUUUUAUGCAAUACAUAUCCAGAAAGAUGACUUCAUGCUAUAUUCAAGAUUGCUUAACUUUUUAUUCCAAUGUAUCGGUAUACCUACUUGUUUCAACUUGAUUUAUUUCAAAACCCAUAGAUGCAUAGAUGUUUCGAUGCAUUCCUCACACACGAGCGCUUUACAGGAAAUCACACUGAGUGUUAUGCUUGUUUGUCUGUUCUUCGAUUUAUGAUAUUUGAAUUUUUUCAGCUCCCAUAGCUCUAUUUUACUAAUUAAUCCACACUUGUCGUGGGACGCCACCACCGCCAGCUCCAUCGCUCCAUCGCCGCCAGCUGACAGUGAUGUAAUGACGGUGUCUUUUCCUUCGUAUAUAUUUUUUUCCAAAAAAAAACCCAUGCAACCGUGUUCCAGUAUUUGCAUACUUAUUUCUAGCGCUUUGAAGUAAGGACUGUGACGCGUGCAAAACGUGCCUGUAAUUGUAAUGAGGAGAGCAUCAAAACAACCAAAUUAAUCGCUAUUGAAAACGCAUAAAUAAUAGCGGGCGGGAAAUAACGCAAGAGUUGUCAUCUGGUGCCGGUUUUGUGCGUGGUCAGUAAGCAUGGAAUCGGGAGGUGAAUACGCCAAGAAAUAGUGUCAAUGUCCAAUUAUUUAUGCUACUGGUGUUGAAUUGCUGAGUAGCACUGCGAGAUUCGCAGUAGGCAAUAAAAUUUCUUCUAACGACCAGUCGACCUGCCAGCGGAAAGUCCUAUCGACAUGACAGCACCGGCGGUAGUCGUCGGUGAAGUCGGUGCUACUGGAGUUUGAAUACAGUUUAAAAGAGCAGCGUGAUUAAUCUUGUCCGAUGGUCAUGUCUUCCUGGGCGCGACGAGUAAUAGGCAAAUUAAUCAAAAUUAAUAACGUGUUGAGUGUUGUUCGGUAAAAUUAGAAGCAAAAUCGUCCCAGGCAGUCCAGUACCAAAGUGACAGGAAGGAAAUAAAGAAAACGCAGUGCGGCCGAAGGAAAUGUGGGGUGAAAUCGUGCGGGCGGGGGAUUGAAUUAAUGCGAUAGAAUGAUUCGGCAACAGUAAUUUCGCGGUGUUUUGUUUACCACUAUUAUUCGUAGCGGGCGAUUAUCGUUUUUGUGUCUUAUUCCGAAGAAAAGUGAUCAAAUUAAUGAUUCCCGUUUGUUUUACGUGACUGAAAUGCGGGACGUUAAGAAACACGAUUAGGCUAGAGAAAAAAAAGCUGUGGGAAGUCGAACGAAACACUAAUGUGAACUUCACACCAUAGUCCGUCGCUGGUACUUUGAAAAAAGGUCAAUGGAUCCACAAUCGCGACGGUCAUAAUUUUCAGCACCGUGCUUCACCGAGAAAAGUGUCAUCGUUUAACGAUGUCUGCUGCCAUAAAAUCGCAAUACCGUUGUAAUUCUGGGCGAAACAAGCAAUAGUAGUAACGAAGGUCUACUCCCGUUUCACCGUGGUACCGGCGCGGUGUGAUAUAAAAAAAACUGCACUAUGGAAUAUCGUAACUGGGCCGAACCACCGGCGGCAAUGGACAAAGUUUAAAAAGUGAAUCACGAUAUAAUGUCUCCCCUGAAGUACAGUAAAACAUGGCCCUCAAUUUUAACCAAGAUGGCCAUGGUGCAGCUACGCGUUGACUCUAUGGGCAGAACCUUCAGUUCGAUUGUGGAACCAAGCCGAAUCACCGGUUCGGCACCGCUGAUGGAAUCUAAUCGCGGCUUUCGGAUGGGACAUCCUCAGAUAAUGAUCCAAACUCCGAGUGACACCCAUAAUCCACUACCGGAUGUGGCAAAUGUAGGGGAACUAAUGUUACAGAAUAGCAACACUAGUUACUGUAAAUGUGUCAGUGAGCGACAAAGUGGAAUGGAAGACAAUUCUCGCACGAGACACCUUCGAUCGGAAUCGAUUAAAAUUGAUAACUGGGAUUACAUUUACACUGAGAAGCGGUCAUUGAAGACGACGGUGGGCUGUGAGCGAUUCGCAACAACCGAACUGCCAUGCGGUGAUCAUCGAUGCAUUUCUGGCCAGGCCGCCCUUAAAGUUUCCACCCUACGGAGACACUACUAUCCGGAGGGUGACUGGGGCUGGGUAAUUGUGGUUGUCGGCAUAAUGAGUACUGUACUCAACCAUGGCAUUCAAAUUUCCGGACCCCUGUAUCUACUGCCAGCGGGGGAACGCUUCAAGCAGAGUGCCGUAAACAGUGCAGGUACGUGCCAAUAAUGCCUAAUUGAUGGGAUUUAACAUACUGCAGCCAAUGUAAGUUGUAUAAUAUAUUUGAUUAAGAAUUAACGAAAAAUGCAAUCCCGUACAUUUACAAUUAGAAUGUUGUUUGAUAUUGAAGGUUUUAAUUUGAAUCUA